UUACAGUCGUUUGUUGACAUUCAGAGGUCGAGGCUGCCGGUCGUGCACCGAAAAAAUGCUGUCCCGGCUUUUCUCGUGGAGCGUGCGAGGCGGACUGGCCGGAGGUGCCGUCUACUACAGCACCCAGGAAGGCCUGUGGGGCGAUGCAAAGUCCACCAUUAGCAUGUACGAGAGGACAUGUGACAAAACUAAGAGCCUCGUUAAGGACGUUCCAAUUGAGUUUCCAACCAUUGAUGUACCCAGACCCACUGAAAUCGGAGCAUUUUGCCGUGUGAACUGGAACAAGGCUGUCUACGCCGCUUUUGAUGGCUUGUCAGCGGCCCCCAAGAAAAUUAGGCAGUGGACAUCUUGUGGCUAUGACAGCAUAGUAAAGCUCAUCAACGAACCACCUAAGCCAGUGCAGGGAUAAGCAUGUUGCGUUAAAACUCUCCUAGUAUUAGCGUGUUGAGAAAAUUGUACAGAAAUAAAGCGAGCAUUAAAUCUUA